AUCAGAAGGAAGUCUCGCGAAGAAAAGCGUCGCGUAAAUCGCGCAAAGAAUAGUAAGUUCGUACGUUUCAACAGAGCAAAAGGCAUCGACGCCACACGGUGUGUCUUUGACGAUGCUUUCGGACGAGCUGGAAUCCGGCGCUACCGACGAGCAGCAGCAGGGCACAAGCGGCGAAGGACAAGCUCUGCCAAACAAUGGCUCUAGCACUGCAACUGAACGAGUGAAUCAGUCUUCCGCUGGCACGGACGAACAGGAGGAGCGAUACUGCUGGGUGUGCUUUGCAACCGAGGAGGAUGACAAAUUUGCACCGUGGGUACAGCCGUGCAAUUGCCGAGGUGCUACCAAAUGGGUGCAUCAGUCGUGCCUGAAGCGCUGGAUCGAUGAAAAGCAAAAGGGCAAUCCAUACAAGAGCAUCAGCUGCCCUCAGUGCCAGACCGAGUACAUCAUCAUCCUGCCGUCGAUGGGAAGCUUCGCGUUUAUGCUGGAGCGGCUGGACAUUAUCGCCAAGCAGCUAAGCCCGUGCGUUGCGGCCGGUGCGAUCGUUUGCUCCAUCUACUGGUCGGCGAUUACUUUCGGGGCGGUGACCGUGCUGCAAACCACAGGCUUCGAACGAGGUCUUUUGAUUUUGGAACAGGCCGAACCGCUCGCUCUGCUUGUGUGCCUGCCGGCGAUCCCCGCUGCCUUGGUCCUGGGUAGAAUGAUUCGGUGGGAAGAUAUCGUGCUGCGCAUGCUACAAAACACCCAGUACAACAUUCGCAAAUACCCGGUUAUUUCAUUCAUGCUGCCAGUAACAAACGAACCUACUCCAAGCUAUCCGGAACCCUUCCCCAACAACUCGAUCAACGCAUCGGAGCCGCUGUCGGUGACGCGCAUUUUCUGCGGUGCACUCAUGCUUCCCACUGUAUCGACGAUCGUUGGCAAAAUGUUUUUCAAAUCGAUCAAAAAUGAUCUGCAUCGUACGCUGCUGGGCGGGUUCGCGUUUGUGGCGAUCAAGGGGGUGCUAAAAAUAUACUUCCACCAGAAGAAGCACAACCGCGCCAAACAACGUAACAUACUGGACUACACACAGGAGAAUAUCCGGAAAUAUGGCUUCCGAAGUCAGCAUCUGCAGCAGCUGCAGCAACAGCACCAGCACCUCCACCAGAUGGCUAAUGAGCUAGCGGCACAGCAGCAGCAAGCUAUUGCAGGAAUAGGAAACGAAGCCGCCAGUGGAGACAACCAGCGACCUAGACCAUAGCAGCGUGUGAUAUUUGAAAUUCAUCUCUGUUUUUUUAAAGCUAAUUGCACGGUCUGGAGUUUCGAUUGUAUCAUCUUUGUGAUUUAGAUUACAUGAGGAAUUCUUCAGAGAUGCCUGUAGAUGAGAAGCCAGGUUCGAAUUAUGUCAAAAAAUACUUACGAGAAACUUUCAACGCGCUACGAAAUGCGUCCCGGAGAAGGUCCCGUUUUUAUGAACAGUUAGCUACGACUUAUUAUCAUUGGUUUUUAUUUAAUUCUCUAGUUCAACGGAUAAGUUACGACUUAUAUUUCUUUAAAAUCCAUGAAAUGCUUAACAAUAUUGAUAUGUAUGAUUGGCCCAACAAAUCAGCCUGUGUUUCAUCAAUACAAAGCAGUGAUGCUAAUACGA